CCAUCCCCAUUUCCCUCUCUCUGUGGCUGUGCCUUCUCUCCAUCCCCAUUUCUCUCUCUCUCUCUCUAUCUCUGUGGCUGUGCCCUCUCUCCAUCCCCAUUUCUCUCUCUCUCUCUCUCUCUCUGUGGCUGUGCCCUCUCUCCAUCCCCAUUUCUCUCUCUCUGUGGCUGUGCCCUCUCUCCAUCCCCAUUUCUCUCUCUUUCUCUCUCUCUGUGGCUGUGCCCUCUCUCCAUCCCCAUUUCUCUCUCUCUCUCUAUCUCUCUCUCUGUGGCUGUGCCCUCUCUCCAUCCCCAUUUCUCUCUCUCUCUCUAUCUCUGUGGCUGUGCCCUCUCUCCAUCCCCAUUUCUCUCUCUCUGUGGCUGUGCCCUCUCUCCAUCCCCAUUUCUCUCUCUCUCUCUCUCUCUCUCUCUCUCUGUGGCUGUGCCCUCUCUCCAUCCCCAUUUCUCUCUCUCUCUCUCUCUCUCUCUCUCUCUCUGUGGCUGUGCCCUCUCUCCAUCCCCAUUUCUCUCUCUUUCUCUCUCUCUGUGGCUGUGCCCUCUCUCCAUCCCCAUUUCUCUCUCUCUCCCUCUCUCUCUCCGGAUUGAUGUCACAUCCUGUAGCUGCUCUUGGAUCCAGCUCCAGCUCCGGCUUUCGGGGAUUCGCUCCGGAUCCUCGGCUCCCGGUGCCCCCGGGGCUGACAUGCGGCUGCGGCCGGGAGCCUGAACGGGACCGAAGCGCCGAGAGAGCGGGGGCCGUGCGGAGACACCGGCAGCGGAGCGGGAGAGGGAUGGAGCCGGAGCAAGGGAGGGGGCGCGGCCGCGUCCGGAUCCUCACCCUCGGGAUUUUGCUGCUCAGCAGCCAGCUCAGCCAGGUGUUACCAGACAAUGCUGAAGAUGGUUGGCGUGUAUUCAGCUCUGCCCCAGACAGUGAGGGCAGGUGUAUCUGCACUGUGGUGGCACCCCAGCAAACUCUCUGCUCACGUGAUGCCCGCACCAAACAGCUGAGGCAGCUCCUGGAGAAGGUGCAGAAUAUGACUCAAUCCAUCGAAGUUCUGGAUCGCCGAACCCAGCGAGAUCUGCAGUAUGUGGAGAAAAUGGAGACACAGAUGAGAGGCUUGGAAACAAAAUUCAAACAGGUGGAGGAGAGUCACAAAGCGCAUCUCUCCCGACAGUUUCAGGCCCUAAAAUCGAGAAUGGAUGAACUGUUGCCUUUAAUCCCCGUGCUGGAACAGUAUAAAGCUGACGCCAAGUUGGUGUUGCAGUUUAAGGCGGAGGCGACGAACCUGACGGCUGUAUUGGCCGAGCUUCAGGAGGAGAUCGGGCCGUUCGACUACGAGGAGCUCCUGGCCAGAGUCUCCAAUCUGGAGAACAGGUUACGAGCCUGCAUGCAAAAAUUAGCAUGCGGUAAACUGACGGGAAUCAGCAACCCAUUUACAGUGAAAACAUCUGGAUCGAGGUUCGGUGCCUGGAUGACAGAUCCCGCCUCACCAGAGGGGGACACGAAGGUUUACUACAUGGAUGGUUACCAUAACAACCGCUUUGUGCGUGUUUAUAAGUCCCUGCAGGAUUUCAUGGGUACGGACAAUUUCACAGUGUACCGUCUGCCUCACCCCUGGUCUGGUACUGGCCAAGUGGUCUACAACCAGACCCUGUAUUUUAACAAAUACCAGAGCCACAUCCUCAUCAAGUUCCACAUUCCCACUGAGCGGUUGCUGACUCAGAGGAGCCUGGACUACGCCGGCUACAACAACAUGUACCCAUACUCCUGGGGAGGCCAUUCUGACAUCGACUUGAUGGUGGAUGAGGGCGGGCUCUGGGCAGUCUAUGCCACCAAUCAGAAUGCAGGGAACAUCGUCAUCAGCAAGCUGGACCUGGGAACGCUGGAGGUGAUCCGGAGUUGGAAUACAGGCUAUCCCAAACGGAGUGCAGGGGAAGCAUUCAUGAUCUGUGGCACUCUGUACAUGACCAACUCACAUCUGGGUGGAGCCAAGGUUUACUAUUCUUACAACACCAACACUUCCACCUACGAAUACACUGACAUCCAGUUCCAUAACCAAUACUCUCACAUCUCCAUGCUGGAUUAUAACCCCAAAGAUCGAGCCCUUUACACAUGGAAUAAUGGUCACCAGGUUCUAUAUAAUGUCACGCUAUUCCACAUCAUUAAAUCCGAUGAGUUAUAAGGCCAUACAAAUUCCUUCCUUUCCACAAUGAUACAGUCAGUAUAGCGAUAUGUAGAUCUGUAAGACCUGUGCUGGCGUUUAUAUAUAUUCUGUAGAAAGGACAUGUAGCAUCACUAAAGUUUUAGUUUGGUCUCUGGGCUGUUCCUGUCUCCACAUGAGGGGGUUUACUCAAUUAGCUGAUGUCCAGCUUAAUUCUUGACUCAAAACAGUAAAUCAAUGGACGAGGUACUACCUCCCUCCCACCUUCCCUCUCUCCCUCUGUGUUCUCAUACACUCUUCCUCUAUUUCUUCCUUCCCUCUUGUCCAUCCUCUCCCUCACCACUUUCCUCCUGAUUCCCUCCUCACUCCCCUUUCUCCCCCUCCCUAUCUUCCUCUUCUUUCCCCUCCCUCACUUUCUCUCCCUGCCUAUUCACCAUCUACCCACUUCGCCUUCCUCCACAGAGCUUCCAGUGUUGAGGAUGGUAGGACACAGAUUGUUGCCGUUGAGCAUGGGACCUGCAGCAGGAGCAGCCACAGGAACUAAGCCCACUGAUGAGUCAGAGACCUCUUUGCUCAAUCUUCAAUAUUUUGGUGAAUUGCAAGGGGCAGGGAGUAGAACAAUUCCCCAUCUCUCUUCCCCCACAAUUGAAAAUACCCCACCUCUGCAAAAAACUGUCUCUUCUACCGGUUACCAUGGGACUGGCUUAUUCUAGACAUUCAGCUUUUGGCUAAUUGGACUUCACCCUCACUGUCACUGGACUACAACCUUCUGCAGUGUUUCUCAGCUGCCUCAUUGUCACCUAAAGGAAGUUACUAUUUAAUCUGAAGAGAUGUAAUUAUUUGAGAAACAGUUUUAGCAUCAAGUCCAUUGUGCGAUGAAUUGUGUGUCACAGCUUGUCAGUGACACAGUGUAAAAGCCCAGUUAACGUCUGUGUGUUGGAUAACUACUGUGUCAGCUGCAUCAGAUUAAUUCAACUAUAUUCCCUAUCCUAGCACCUGGUACUUUAAGACUCUGUUCUGAAUUCAACCCAGAUUGAUUUGUAGAGUUUAAUAUUUCAUAUCAGUCCGUCCUGAUGCGCAAAUCACUUCAUCACAUUAGUUAAUUCUCUAUCCAAUUAUCAACUGUCAAAAUAUUGCUUCAUUCUUUUGCAAAGCGGUAGGUUUGUGGGAGUGAAGGUGAGUGAGUGUACCUGUGCAUACGUAUUUGUGAUUGUUUACAUUUCUGACGUCAGUCUGUGUGUGCACCAUCAAUCUGUUCAUCUGAGUCUGUCUCGCGUAUACCUGUGUUUGUCUCCGUUACUGUAUACAUGUGUAUGUAUAUGGGGCCAUGUUGUGUACAUAUGGUUGGGUGGGGGGAGGGGUGAUGGGGGUGUGUCCAUAUCCAUGAGUGUGUACGUUGGUGUCUACACAUCUCUUUUGGCCUCUGCCUGUCAGCGUCUGUCAGUUUAUGCAGAAGACCUGGUUUGUAUCAGAGUGUUUGAUGAAUGUGUAUCAUUGUCUUUACGGGCAUCUGGUGUAUUGUUUAUAUGGCAGUGUGUGUAUGUCUUUCUCUUUCUGUGACUGGGGAUGCCUCAAUGUCUGGCAGUUUGUCUCAGUCUGCCAAUCCGACAGUAUCUGUGUGUGAAUGAGAUGGUCUGUGUGGGUGCGCCUUGAUCUAUGUGUGUGUGAGGUUUUGAGUGUAUGUACGUGUGUGUGUGUUGAUCUGUGUGAGUGUGAGGGUUUGAAUAUAUCUGUGUGUUGUGAGAGUGAAUGUUGGUCUGUGUGAUUGUGAGGUUUGAGUGUGUCUGUAUGUUGGUCUGAGUGUGAGGUUUGAGUCCGUGUUUGUGUAUGUGUUGUUCUGUGUGAGUGAGGUUUGAGUAUCUGUUGUGUUUGGCUCUGUGUGUGUGAAGGUUUUAAUGUGUCUGUGUAAGUGUGUUUGUGUGUUGGUCUGUGUGAGUGUGAGGUUUGUGUGUGUGUUGGUCCGUGUGAGUGUGAGGUUUGAGUAUGUCUUUGUGUGUGUUUGUCUGUGUGAAGCUUGAGUGUGUCUGUGUGUGUGUUGGUCUGUGAGUGUGAGGUUUGAGUGUGUGUGUGCCCGUGUGUGUGUUAGUCUGUGCGAAUGUGAGGUUUCAGUGUGUCUGUGUGUGUUGGUCUGAGUGAGUGUGAGGUUUUGAUUGUGUCUGUGUGUGUGAAAUUUGAGUGUGCAUGUGGUGAUCUGUGUGACUGUGAGGGUUUGAGUGUGUCUGUGUGAAUAUGAGGUUUGAAUGUGUGUGUGUCGGUGUGUGUGAGGGUUUGAGAGUAUCUGUGUGAGUGUGAGGUUUGAGUGUCUGCGUGUGUGUUGGUCUGUGUGACUGUGAGGGUUUGCGUGUGUCUGUGUGAGUGUGAGGUUUGAAUGUGUGUGUGUCGGUGUGUGUGAGGGUUUGACAGUAUCUGUGUGAGUGUGAGGUUUGAGUGUCUGCGUGUGUGUUGGUCUGUGUGACUGUGAGGGUUUGCGUGUGUCUGUGUGAGUGUGAGGUUUUGAAUGUGUCUGUGUGAGUAUGAGGUUUGAAUGUUUGUGUGUCUGUAUGUGUGAGGGUUUGCGUAUGUCUGAGUGUGUUGGUCUGUGUGAGUGUAAGCUUUUAAGUGUGUCUGUUGGUCUGUGUGAGUGUAAGGUUUUAAGUGUGUCUGUUGGUCUGUGUGAGUGUAAGGUUUUGAGUGUGUUUGUGUGUGCGUUGGUCUGUGAAGUUUUAAGUAUGUCCGUGUGAAUGUGAGGGUUUGAGUGUGUCUUUGUGUGUGUUGGUCUGUGUGAGUGUGAGGGUUUGAGUGUGUUGGUUUGUGUUUCCUUAGAAUUUUAUCUCUUGUUCUCCACCAAUGGCAGUGAAGAGAGGGGUUGGCAUGUGCUGCUACUGACUGUUGUAACAGGAAGACAGUGCGACUGUUAAAGUCAACCUCUGUAUUUGCCUCUUUCUAUUUUAUCAUUAAAAGGAGUCCAAGAAGAGUUAUAAACA